GGGGGGAAACGUAAAAGUAAAAUCCAGGAAGCGUCGCCAAGCACAUACAGUUUGUGAAAAAAGCUAUCUAACUCAUCGGGCGAUCUCCAUGGCGGCCACAUCAUCCUCAUCGGAGUCUUCAUCACUUUCUUCUCGUAGGGAUCGUAAGCGUCAUCGGCGCCACCGCAAAGAGAAAGACAAGGAGGUCCGCAAGAAGAGCCGCUCUCGCACCACCAAACGUCGUCGUACUAGUCGUCAUUCAUCUUCCGACACCUAUUCUUCGUCAUCCGAAGAUUACAGUUCCUCAGACAGUGAGCGUGAAGAAGUCAACAGUUCAAAAAGACACGUACAAAAAGAUAGAGCGACAAAGAAGAAGGAUAAAGAGAGAGGGAAAAGUCACCGGCAAAAACGUCACAAGCAUAAAAUUAAAGAGAAGCAGAAGGUGGAAAGUAGUGGCCCUGUGCAGCUCUCUAAGUUUUUGGGGCGUGACAAAGAUGAUGGCGUCCGUCGGAGUGCUGUCUCUGGCAAAAAGAUUCUCUUGAAGCUAGACAAGACAAAGGAGGACAAGGAAGCAGAGAGUAAACGAAAUGAAUUACUCAAAUUUCUGAAUGCAAAUUAUGAUUGAUUAUUUGAAGCCUAAAAGUUAGCCUUUAGUUUCCCAAAGGUUCAGGCAAAUGUUUGGCAAUAUAUCUUCAAGUAAAAUGCUCUCACUGUAUACAGAACUUGGAUCUCAUUUAGCCUUUCUUGGUGAUGAUAUUGGUUGAAUCCAGCCUCCAGUUGUAGUUCAAUAUCAUGCUGCUGCUAACAGUGUGGGAAGUUUGGGAAAGCACCACGCCACCAAGCUCUCAUACAUGUUUUUGCAAUACCAUACACUGUAAUGUUAAAUUAUUGAAGUGUUUUGGCUGAUCA